CAGCUGACGGUGCGCUCGGUGCCGGGCUCCAGCCGCUGGCAGGAGAUCUCUGCCCGCCGGAUGGAGCUGAUCCAGAAACUGAUCGAGGAGGAGCUCCGUAACAGUAGCGACUACAUCUUCUGCCUGGACGUGGACUCGCGGUUCCACGGCCGCUGGGGGGUCGAGUCCCUGGGCGGGCUGGUCGCCGUCAUCCACCCAGGUUACUACCGAGACGAGCGCGGCCGCUUCCCGUACGAGCGCCAACCGGCCUCCACAGCCUACGUGGCGCCCGGCGAGGGCGACUUCUACUACUGCGGGGGGGCGUUCGGCGGCGUCCUGCAGGAGGUCUACCUGCUGGCCAACACCUGCCGCACCAACCUGCGGGAGGACGCCGCCCACGGCAUCGAAGCCGCCUGGCAGGAGGAGAGCCACCUCAACAGGUACAUGUGGAUCCGCAAGCCCAGCAAGGUCUUGUCCCCGGAGUACCUUUGGCAGGAUUUCAAACCCAGAAACCCUGAAGUGAAAGUCGUCAGAUUCUCUGGAGUCAUCAAAAACUACGCCGAGAUCCGGCCCAACGUCUGAGAGGCGGA